CAACUACUGAUAAAAAACAGCCACACCAAAUCAGAGAGAGAGAGAGAGUCGAAGUUUGUUCUCUCGUGUGUCAAUGGCGGCCGUAAGCAUCGCACUUGCAUUCUCUGUUGAUUCUCUUAAGCAGAGCCGAUCCACGAAUUAUGGUCUCUCAUCUAGAUAUCCUUUACUAUAUUCGUGUAGAUCUCACCGCGCCAGUCUCCGAUUCGCUUUCCCUCCUUCUUCGCAUUCUCCUUCGGUUUCGACAGCCAUAGAAACAGGGGAGGAAGCUAAGAAAUCGACAGGAAGCUACGAUUUUCUCGAGGAAUCGUUCCGCACGGGGAGAUUUUUGAGCAACGCAGAGCUCGAGAAGCUCAAAGCUCUUGAAGGGUUUGCGUAUUUUCAGGAGCUGGAAUCCGGGUCGAUGUGGGUUCGUGUUAUGAGAGCUGGAGAGAUGGACUCGACGGUGAAUCUAUUGGCUGAGUCAUUCGGCGAGUCGAUGCUGUUGCCUUCUGGUUAUCAGUCUGUGUUACGGUUCUUGGUGAAGCAGUAUCUGAUUGAGAGGAGGGAAGUGCUGCCACACGCAGUAACCUUAGUUGGGUUCUACAGGAAGAAAUCGGAUUCUUGCAGUGAUGGAGAGGAGGCUGAGAUGGCUGGGACCGUAGAGGUUUGCUUAGAUAAACGCGGCGCUAAUGCUUCGCCUCCUUCUCCGACUCCUCCAAAAGAAUCACCUUAUGUCUGCAACAUGACUGUGAAAGAGGACCUUAGAAGGAGGGGAAUUGGGUGGCAUUUAUUGAAGGCGAGUGAAGAACUGAUAUCUCAGCUUAGUCCGUCGAAAGAUGUCUACUUGCAUUGCAGGAUGGUCGAUGAGGCUCCAUUCAGUAUGUACAAGAAAGCAGGAUACGAGGUUGUUAAGACGGAUACAAUUUUGGUACUUUUGAUGUUACAACGGCGUAAGCAUUUGAUGCGCAAGAAGCUUCCACCUUGCAUUAGCCCGUCAGAUAUUGUGGGGUCUGAUAAUGAGCUGACCUCCUCUGCCAAUGUGUGAACACGGGUACAGUGUCUACAUCAGUCUACCAAUUAGCUUCAAACUGCUUGUGACUGGCUCCAUCAUGCAGGAGUUAACAUGUGACUUGACCAAGACCAUGGGUUGAUACCGACCGUUUUUCCGCUGUUGAUGUUCCAGUUUCUUGCUUCAACUUGCUGUUUAUAUGAUCUUAGUAGAGGUUCCCGUUUUGCAUAUAUUCAUAUACCAAGAAUCGGUGUUUUCCAUCUGCACAGUAGCCAAUCAAAGAUACCAGAUUUGGAUGGUCGAGCCUGCUCAGAAUGUCCACCUCCACACGAAAUUCUCUUUCUCCGUCAGCCUUUUUAAACGGAGGUAAAUCCAUCUUCUUGAUCGCAACAACCUUCGAAUAGCAAGGGAUCAAUAUAAUAUGUAUGCUCUUUAAAAUGUUUCUUACAUUACAAAAGCCUGUAAAAUCACAUAAUAAAUAAAGC